AUGAAGAACUUCUUAUUUGCAAAGAACAAGAUGGCAUUUGUUAAUGGAACAAUCAAACAACUAGAAGAAGAUGUUGAAGACUACAAGAUGCGAAUGAGAUGCGAUGAUAUGAUAAAAGAUUGGCUUACUAUAGCUACGGAGAAAAACAUCAGAUCCAAUGUUAAGUAUGCAAAUACAUCGGCAGAGAUGUGGGCGGAUCUGAAAGAAAGGUUUGGUAAAGAGAGCGCACCACGUGCAUAUGAACUAAAGCGAACCCUGUCGAUAACACAACACGACGGUGACUCUAUUUCAGCCUAUUACACCAAGCUGAGAAGUGUAUGGGAUGAAAUAAAAUUUGUGUCCCCGUUACCUCAUUGCACAUGCGGUAAAUGUACGUCUAAUACUGGAAAGAGACUCACUGAAGCAAAGGAGAAGGAGAGACUAUACAAGUUUUUGUUAGGACUUGAUGACAACUUCUCAACUGUGAGAACACAAAUUCUCACAUCCAAACGCACACCUACCUUAGGAACAUUAUAUCACCUGGUAUCAGAAGAUGAGCAACAAAAGGCAAUCUCCGCCACAAGAAGACCAACACAAGAUGCUACAACUUUCCAAAGUUUUGUUGUCAACAAAACACAUGGUGAUGGACAGAGAACGAAUGGAUGUUUCAAGAAGAUUGGUUAUCUAGAAUGGCGGCCAGGGAAAGGGAAGAAGGAGAAGGAGAAUCCCAAGGCUGCAUUAGCAGAUGCUAACUCAUGUCCGAUACCAUGA